AUGUUAGCAAUCAAGACUUGCGCGGCCACAGUGGACUACGAUGGUAAUUUCACUACCCAUUUCUCGUCGGACGGUCUCACGCACUGCCGGUUCUUUGGUGAGGUUGCCGAGUCCUUGAUCCGAGUUCUCGAUCAAAAGGGUCAUUUCUUUGACGGCAACGUCUUUUCCUUGCUAAUUGGUGGACUUAAAAGCUUCGGCGAGCCGCGGUACACCUCGAAUGGCAACGCCUUUUCUAAUUUUCUGGAUCUGGACUUCCAAGGCGCCGAUGACUUUGUCGGUAUGCUAUAA